ACGUUUUUUCCCCUCACACGUUGAACCAAUAUUUAAUUUUGUACGUAUUUCCUUGCGCAUGCGUGUUGUACGUACCAGACGACCCAAUCCAAGCUAUUUUAACACACGGCGAAAAACUCAAAGUGAUUUCCAGAAGAUGGCGACCGCACUGGUGGCGUCAAAUUCAGUUCCUGCAAAUGGUGAAACUGAGAAAUGUGAAACAGCUGUUCAGAAGGUUGUGAAUCCUGAAACUUACAUCAAACAUCCAUUACAAAACAGGUGGGCUCUUUGGUUUUUCAAGAAUGACAAAAGCAAAACAUGGCAAGCCAACCUUCGUCUCAUCUCCAAAUUUGACACUGUGGAGGACUUCUGGGCAUUAUACAAUCACAUUCAGCUGUCAAGUAACUUGAUGUCUGGCUGUGACUACUCUUUAUUUAAGGAUGGGAUUGAGCCCAUGUGGGAAGAUGAAAGGAACCGGCGAGGCGGCCGCUGGCUGAUAACUCUGUCUAAGCAGCAACGUAAAUCAGACCUGGAUCGGUUCUGGUUGGAGACGCUCCUGUGUCUUGUUGGAGAAGCUUUUGACGACUACAGUGACGAUGUUUGUGGAGCUGUCAUUAAUGUUAGAGCCAAAGGCGAUAAGAUCGCUAUAUGGACUACAGACUAUGAAAAUAAAGAGGCCAUCACACACAUAGGGCGUGUGUAUAAAGAGAGGCUAGGCGUUCCGCCAAAAGUGAUCAUUGGUUACCAGUCACAUGCAGACACGGCCACAAAGAGUGGCUCAACAACCAAGAACAAGUUUGUUGCCUGAGGAUCUGAGGAUUAUCAACCAAGCCUUCCUGUGUUUCCAAAUAGAUUUUCUGUAUUAUUUUUUUAAUCUUAUUUUUUUUUAAAUUGAAUGUAACUGCCAUCUUUGGAAAAACAUUGGGGAAAAGGGAUAAAAUAGCUUCUUUUUUUUGUUUUGUUUUGUUUUUUUGUUUUUGGUCACUUAUCACAUGUUUGGGACACUUAAAGGUGAUGGUGUGAUAAGGAUGCCUUUUUUUUUUUUCUUUUUUUCCCAUUUGCAUCUGAAUACUUUGGUAAAGGUUGAUUUGGUGUAUUUUUAGCUAUUUUUGUUAAAGUACUCAACAUUAAAGGCAUAUAAAAUAAAAAUGUGUAGUUUAAUAAACUGGUACUGUACUCCUAUAGCAAAUUUACAGUAACAGCAUAGGGAUUUAAAAUGUUUACAUUGGAAUUGAAAUUAAACAAAUCCAAGUAAUGCGUUGACAUCAGAGGCUACUCACUGUAGAAGCAAGGCAAUACUGACAUUGUUGCCAUUGACCCACUUUGGGUGUCAAGUCACGUUGUUGGUGCUUUUUUGAAACGCCACCCAAGCAUGAUGUGCAAUACAUAUUUUUAAUUUUCUUUUUUGGGAGGGGGUGGCAUGUGAGUGUCUAAAGAGUUCAAACUUCACAUCUCUGUAUUGAGAUCAACAUCAAUGUUCCAUGAUGGAUAAAAUUUAUUUUCUUUGGCCAAAGCAUGUGUUCGGUGCAUGUGUUUUCCAAAACAUGCGUGUUAUACAGCCUUUGUUUCUUGAACUGAACAGCCAGGCUGUUCACGUUUUUGCAGGGUAUUUGUUUCCAGAACAUAAAGCUUUCUUAAACAAUGCAAACAGUUUUUUCCAUUCCACAUUUUUGUGACAAAAUAAAUAUUGUUGGAUGAAACUGUGCCUUUAAUGUAAAACCCUGCCUGAUAUUUCUAAAUGUACAGAGCGGAAAUGUAAAUAAACUUGUACAGUGUCUUUUUUUUUGUCAACAUAGUGUCUUCCAUAACUUGUCAGAAAAUGUUUUAAAGCCUCUACCAAA